CUAUGCUCUCAAAAUUUUAAUUGCAAUCCAAAUAAAGCAUCAAAUUAGUGUAUUAUUAUCCCCACCCCCACAAUAACAAUAAUGUUAUCUAUCUUUCGACAAUACACAUUCGAUGACUCAUUCGAACAAGUCUUUAUAUCCAACAAAUUUCUAAAAGAAUAUCAAAUUGCCCUCACAUUUGCCACAGAUUACGACAAAGACAACAUACCGACAAACGGAAUCUUCCGACCAACAUGGGACACAACAAAAAUUACACUUGAAACAAUCACUAAUUUCAAAACAGAACAUCCUGAAGUCAACGUUAAAGUCUAUAUUAGUAUUGGUAACCGUGGUACACAAUUACCCUUUUCUCCACAAAACAACAAAUCAUGGAUUCUUAAUGCCACAGAAUCACUCACAAACAUCAUUAAAAAUAUUUACAACUCUCAAAUAGAUGGCAUUGAUGUUUUGUACGAACACAUUGAAGCUUCAUCCGUUGACUUUGUUGAAUGCAUUGGUCAACUUAUAAAGAACUUAAAGGACAAUGGAGUAAUAAAAGAAGCUUCUAUUUCUCCAUCUUUUGGUCUUAACAAGGAAUACUACUUUUUCUUGUAUAGUUCUUAUUUUUAUCUCAUUGAUUGGAUUGAUUACCAAUUUCAAAAUGAGGUUGAACCUGUUUUUGCACCUAAUAAAUUGAUGGAGAUUUAUGAUGAAUUGGUAUUGAAGUUUUAUCCAAGAAAGAAACUGUUUGCUGGAUAUAGUGCUGAGAAUGAGGAUUGGGCUACUCUUUCACCAAUUGUGUUUUUUCUAGGUGGAAUGAACAUUCUCAAGAAGAGAAAAGGUCCUGGAAUUUCCAUUCAUUACCAUAAUUACUAUCAAGAAAACUCAAAUAAUAGCAAGUGAUUCAUGAUUAUAUAUGUGUGUGUAUGUAUACUUUAAUUAUUUGGUUGCAAUGUAUGCUUGAUGCUAAAGUAACUCUGCUAUUAUGUACCCUCCUGUUCACUUUGUGCAAUAAAAUCCUCUCGCUAAAUUAUAUGUAAUUAAUUGGUACACCUACCUUAACUUGA